UGCUUUUGUUUGCUUUCGUAUUCAUUUCAUAAAAUAAAGUUCCAAUACAAGCAAAGCAAACAUUUCUAUUUUCUUGUAUUGGUUUAGUUUGGUUUUCAUUCAAAUGAUUAAAAAUUUGAUUACAUAAAUUAAAGUGCUUUUUUUGAGGGAUUGUCAAUGGAAGAAGGAUACAUAAGAAGCAAGUUCAAAAGGAUGUGUGUGUUCUGUGGAAGCAACUCUGGCCACAGAAAAGUCUUCAGUGAUGCUGCUCUUGAAUUGGGCAAUGAACUGGUGAGGAGAAAGAUAGACUUGGUGUAUGGUGGAGGAAGUGUUGGGUUAAUGGGUUUGAUAUCCCAGACUGUUUAUGGUGGAGGUUGUCAUGUACUUGGGAUUAUUCCAAAAGCUCUCAUGCCGCUUGAGAUAUCUGGAGAAACUGUUGGAGAAAUGAAAACUGUUUUAGACAUGCAUGAGCGUAAAGCUGCAAUGGCCCGAGAAGCUGAUGCUUUUAUUGCACUUCCUGGGGGAUAUGGUACCAUGGAAGAGCUGUUGGAGAUGAUAACCUGGUCCCAACUUGGAAUCCAUAAGAAACCGGUAGGUCUGCUAAAUGUUGAUGGGUACUAUAAUUUUUUGCUUGCGUUAUUUGACAAUGGCGUCGAAGAAGGUUUCAUCAAACCGGGUGCUCGGCAGAUAAUUAUUUCUGCUCCUACUGCCAAAGAACUUCUGGAAAAGAUGGAGGAAUACACUCCUUCUCAUGAACAUGUUGCUUCCCAUGAAAGCUGGCAGAUGGAGCAACUCGGUGAUUAUCCAAGGCAAUAAAAUGUGUAGUAAAAUAGUGGUGAUCAUACUAUAGCUUCAAACGGUUACUCUUUGCUGCUCUCAUAGUAUAUUAUGGAGCUCACUGACUCCAUCUUGAGAGAAGUUACAAAGAUAUUUCCUUAAGAGGUUGAAAGGACAUCUUGAUUUAUGGUAUCCAGCUAGAUAUAUAUGGACAGCUGGAAUUUUCAUUUGUACCUAUUUAGAUUCUAACCUGCUAAGUAUUCUUAGUAGUUUCUAGAUGAUGUUCCACUUAAAUUACACUUGAAGCAAUAGCUGAGGCUUCUUUUUCCUCCUUUUGUAUGUUUUCUAAGAGGAGUUGAAAUGGAGCUAUUUUUUUGAACUUCAAAAGAGAAAUUAUUGCUUCAUCGCA